CAAACAGGAAGAGAUGUUAACAAUUAUUUUUCGACAUGGUCGGCGCAAAGUCGAAGAAUGCUUAUUUUUCAAAAGAUAAAUUAAUUGCGGCGGGAUAUCAUUUUAAUAUUCAGUGUUGCGCUAUACAAAAGUGUACAGAAAACAUGUAUAAUACCAUCCUUGCAAUUUAUUUUAUGCACGCUUAGUAAAGUGUAGAAUGUGGUUCGCGUAGCAGAAAUCUAAUCAAAAUCCGAAAAACUCUGUGCUAUUUUUUCAUUUUUCAGAUUGACCAUUGCCAAGAUCCCCGUGAUCAUUGAAAACCCAAACGCUGUGUCAACAUGAAUGAACAAUUUCAUGCCCUAAAUGAUGCUUACAGAAGUUUAUUGUCGAGAACAUCACCCAGCAAAAUGAGUAGCCAUGAGUUGGCAUCCUCCAUGUUCACAUGUGUAUGUGAACUGACUCUUGAUGCCAGUGAUGGUUAUCAUUCUCAGCAUCAGGACCAGUCCAGAGAUCUCCUAACGUCCUCCAAAUAUUCUCCAAACCCAAAUGGAACUGAACUGGCUUGUCUUGUGUUGUCUCUGGUGGAGAAAAUAAGCUCCAAGCUGACAUCUCAACAACUGUCUCAAGAAACCAGCCUUUACUUCAAAGAUGUUUCUACAGUAUUAUUCCAGCAUAUGGAUUUUAUGUCCAAACUUGUUCACCUUGCCUGCUGCAAGGACAGGUUGCUGUCUCAUCUAGCUGCAAAGAGUGUAUCCUCCUAUGUUAUUUUUGAGCUGCGUUGCUUUAAUACAGUCAACCAGAUUUGGGAAUGGAAGUGCUUGCAAGUGCUCCAGAACCCUUGCUCUGGCAACGAACUGGAUGCAUGCACAUGGUCACUUACCACUGUCCUGAAAGCAGUUCUAAAAGAAACAUCAGAAUAUAAACCUGGGACUGUGGAGAAACUUCUUGCCACAUUCGACACAGCUCUCACUGCUGCUUACUCCCAGCUUGUCCCUGUAGAGAGUCUGGGCCAUGGGAACUCUGCGUCAUACCCCAGUAGUAACACGGCAGACUGGGCUACAACUCUGACUAACCUCCUAGACUUACUGGAAGUGCUCACUGCAGCCAGGUUCAAACUAAGCACCACCAGUGUCUGUUUCACCAGCUCAAGGCUCUCCCUCGUACAGGCAUCGGCGCUACUGCGGAUAGUCGACUCUCAUGUCCACUACUUUGUGAAGAAGCAAGUGCUUCUGCUUUUAAAGAGGAUUCUCCUUCAGAAGGCAGGCGAGGACAUGGGUUUUGGCGAGGCGUCCUCCCUAACGCAUGGAGAUGAUCACAUGACCAGUGACAUUCUUACACUAGCUGAUGAUGUGUUGCAGGCAGUGCACACUGAUUGGUUACAGUGUGUUCCAGUGGAGUCGGCGGCCAUUUUCUUUGGAGGGACAGGCCAAUCGUGUGGCGGGAGCAGUGAUGCGUUCGAUCAUGUGAUGCUGAGGGCUGUUAGUCUAGUUGUGCUCAAGUCACUGGAAUACAAAAUCCAAUCCGCUGGUGGGAAAGGUGUAUGUAAUACCAUAGGCAUCCAUGGCUAUUUAAGUGCGUUGCUGCUGUUCCUGAGGCAGCGUGGGGUCCAGCUGAAGCAGGGAUCUCACUCCUGCUGCUGGGUGUCCUUGGUGUUUGGAGAGCAGGACGACGACAUGAUGGAAGCAGCAAAGGCUUUACUCCUACUAUACCUCCAUCACAGGAUGAUUGACACCCUGUAUGAGUGGAUCUGGUGGGACCGCUUCUGGCUGCCAGUCAACCUGACCUGGGCGGACCUAGAGGACCGAGAUGGGCGUGUCUACGCCAAAGCCUCUGACCUCUAUGUGACGUUGCCUUACGCCAUAGGCUUCCUACUGGUCAGAUACCUGUUCGAAAGGUUGAUAGCCACGCCUCUAGCAGCCUCAGUGGGGAUCCGGGAGAAGGCCAGACUGAGAGUACCAGACAACCCCAUCCUCGAACUCUACUAUCUCUCUCACUCCAGAAACCCUGGCCAGGCAGUUAUAGAUGGUCUGUCUAAGAAGAGCGGCUGGUGCGUUAGGCAGGUGGAGCGCUGGUUCAGAAAGAGAAGAAACCAGGAUCGUCCCGGAGUACUGAAGAAGUUCAGAGAGGCUAGUUGGAGGUUUGUGUUCUAUCUGUUGGCGUUAAUUGGAGGAGUUGUGUCCCUGUAUGAUAAAGAAUGGUUCUAUGAUACGUGGGAAGUGUGGAAUGGAUUUCCAAAACAGACUAUGCUGGAUUCUCAGUACUGGUACUACAUCCUGGAGAUGAGCUUCUAUGGUUCGCUUCUCUUCAGAGUCACUUUUGAUGUCAAGAGGAAGGACUUUAAGGAACAGAUCAUCCACCAUUUGGCCACCCUGACGCUGCUGUCCUUCUCUUGGUGUGUCAACUACAUCCGUAUAGGAACCCUGGUGAUGCUCAUCCACGAUGCCUCCGACGUCCUGCUAGAGUCUGCCAAGUUGUUUAACUACGCCAAAUGGGAGAGAACCUGCAACAGUCUCUUUGUGGUGUUUGCCAUUGUGUUCAUGGUAACCCGACUGAUCAUCUUCCCAUUCUGGCUGAUCCACUGUACGUGGGUGUACCCCACACUCCAGUACCCCCCGUUCUUUGGUUACUACUUCUUCAACGUCAUGCUGGUGGUCCUCCUGUUCCUGCACAUCUUCUGGGCCUACCUCAUCCUGCGCAUGGUCAAGAAGUUCCUCUUCGGCAAAAUGACCAGAGAUGAAAGAAGUGAUGAUGAGGAGGAUGGUGACGAAAGCAGUCUGACUGAAGAGGAAAAAGAGGAGGACAGUUAUCGUUACGGCAACGGUUCUGGUCUGGGCACAAAGGAGGGCAACAACGGCUGCUUCAGACACUUAUCUCUCUCGGAGAACGUCUGCCCAUCAAAAACCGUCUACUGACCAAGCUCGCGUCGUGAUUGGCAGAGCCCUGCACCAGAGGCAGGGAGUGGUGGGAUCGAGGUCAUAGGAGAAGCUGGAACAACACAAAACAGAUUCCAUCCCAUAUGGAAAAACAACAGCAAGCAGACAAACAUUUAGAUUAAGAUUUAUGACUCUAGAAUUUGGAAUGUAGCCUGGCAAAAAAUAAAUACUUCACACACAGAAAGAGACCGUUUUUCUUGGCCUGUAGUUUCUUCCACGUCCAAACUCCUCUCAUCUUCAAGGAAAACAAUGUUGACGAUGGCACAGUUUCACAUGGAACCCUCCUCAGACAGCAAUGAGACAAAGACCAGAUAACCAAAACCAAAAAACACUAAAACCCUUGUGUUUUUGUUCAUCGUCAUAUUUAAUCAGUUCAGUAUUGUUGCAGAAAAGUGGUGCGCAAGCACAUGGUAAAACGGUGUCACACGGACGCUUCACCUGAGCCCUUCAUCCAUCAAGGCCUGGCAAGGGUUUAUAGUUUAUGGGCUGCGUUCAUUCACUAGCGGUCUACAUGUUUUAUUUCAACCUCUGCUGGCUAUGGGGGUUAGUUAUGGACAACCAGGAGAUAAAUGAGAGGCAAUAUCACAAUGGACUCCUCCAGAUGAUAUUGACGUGUGUUUUGGAGAGAGAGAGAGGGGGGGUAGGUUUGUGUCUCUCCAAGUCCUUCUCAUUCUCUCCUACUUCCUCUCUCCUUCUCAUUCUCUCCUACUCCCUGUCUCCUUCUCAUUCUCUCCUACUCCCUCUUUCCUUCUCUCCUACUCCCUGUUUCCUUCACUAACUACUCCCUCUCUCCUACUCUCCCUCUCCUACUCCCUCUCUCCCUCUCUCCUACUCCCCCUCUCCUUCUCCCUCUCUCCUACUCCCCUCUCCUUCUCCCUCUCUCCUUCUCUCCUACUCCUUCUCUCCUACUCCCUCUCCCUCUCUCCAUCUCAUUCUCCCUCUCUCCUCUCCUACUCCCUCUCCCUCUCUCCAUCUCAUUCUCCCUCUCUCCUUCUCUCCUACUCCCUCCCUCCUUCUCUCCUACUCCCUCUCUCUCUCCAAUCCCCUCUCUCUCUCCUACUCCCUCUCUCUCCUUCUCCCUCCUACUCCCUCUCUCUCUCCUACUCCCUCUCUCUCUCUCUCCUACUCCCUCUCUCUCUCCUACUCUCUCUCUCUCUCUCUCCUACUCCCUCUCUCUCUCCUACUCCCUCUCUCCUACUCUCUCUCUCUCUCCUACUCCCUCUCUCUCUCCUUCUCCCUCCUACUCCCUCUCUCUCUCCUACUCCCUCUCUCUCUCUCUCCUACUCCCUCUCUCUCUCCUACUCUCUCUCUCUCUCCUACUCCCUCUCUCUCUCCCCUACUCCCUCUCUCCUACUCCCUCUCUCUCCCUCCUACUCCCUCUCUCCUACUCUCUCUCUCUCUCUCUCUCCUACUCUCUGUCCUCUUUCCUUUUCUUUCUUUCCACAAGCAUUUUUAUUGAAUACGAUCAACACUUUUUAGUACUUUAUAUACAUUUCUUCAGAUUUAAAAAAACAACAACAUGCCAAUAUUUGGCUAAUUGAUUGACUCAUACAGUAACUAUGGUCUGUAUUUUAUAAGUGCAUUUAUUUGAUGUAGUAUUUAAUCAUAUGAUUGUAUGAGAACGUGUGAGCCAGAGGAAAAAUCCUACGUCGUUCAGAAUGCUGAAGAAACAUUUACGUAACAAUGAAACAAUGUUACACUGUUUUAAUGAAGCACUGUAAAAUGUACUCACUGUGAUGUGUAAAACAGAUAGGUUUCUAAAGGGUAAAGAUUGGAAUGUUAUAGUGAACAUCCCACUGUAACUAGAGCUCGAAAGAAAGGCAUUUCACUGUACUUGUGCAUGUGACCUUGAAACUUGAAACAAUAACUGUCUUAGUGUCGUGUGUUUUAUGUACUGCAAUAAACCUGUCUUUGACCAGCA